AUGCUUUUAGCAUCACACUCCAACGCUAUUCGUCGUGCUUAUCGUUCUCUUAUUGAUAAAUUUGAGGAAUUAACUACCGUCCUUGCCGACAUCAUUGUUGUUAAUAGCAAUUUCACUGGUGGGUCCUAUCCAGGAGACCCUUACUCCUUAUAAGCUGAAACUUUCAGGAGAACAUUUAAAGCUCUCCAUAGUAGGGAACUGAAAGUGCUGUAUCCGGUCCCAAAUUUCGACAGCUUAUAUUUGCCUCCAGACGUCUUUGCGCCCUCUUCCCCGGACAAACAGUCACUACCUGAUCUUGUGUUGGUGAAAUCCAAGCUAGAUAGUGUUCUGGCCUCAACUGCAAAGGUGAUUUUCCUCUCUAUCAAUCGUUAUGAACGUAAGAAGAAUAUCGGCCUCUCGCUGCAAUCACUGGGUUCGUGAGUUCAGUUCGCAACAUCCACCUUUAACUUCUUUGUUUUACAAGUUCGCAAAUUACAUCUUGUAACUUAUCCUCUUGGAAAUAUUCUCCGUAAGUUCUAGUGAGAAUGCGAACUCUACUAGAACAAGUGCCGGGAACCUGUUCUUGAGUAGGAGUGCCGUCUGCCCGCUCCAUUACGCGUCCGCUUGAAUUAAUGCCCAAAAACAGGCUGCGCGAUAGAUGCGCUGGACUAACACGGAAACCACAUUGGAUUCUAACAGGCGUUAUCGGGAACGCAAACCCCAAACAAACGCUUACAUUCGGAGUGCGGUGGCAGCCCCAGUUGUCGGCUCAUGUCACGUCAAUCAGGACCCCUGUUACCGUCCCAUUUUUUGUUGUUGCUUAAAAUCCUGGUCAGGUGUCUGUUGUAGAUCAGAGGUGUGGUGGUACGCCUAGUUGCGGGUCCUGCCGUGCCAGCCACCUGCACCUUUUCUCGCCUCCGGUGUUCUACACUAUGACAUCGGGCCCAGGUGGGAAAGGGGGACAGAUUACGGUAGGUGCUGCUCAAGUUUACUACCACUAUAAAGUAAAUCACCCACAAGUCACCGUGCCUGCCUUUACCUUGCUGUAGAGCACACGGUGAACAUCGUCGGUCAUGACGGUUUAACUGUCAUUUGGAUAAAACACGUGUGUUUGGAUCGUCAGUUCUUUACUAGUUGCGUUUAUAACAAACGUUUCAGUCAAGGUGGUUGUCUCCUGCAGCGCGUCCCACUUUUAGCAUGAAUGAGCCAUUUGCAGUCUCGAAUCUAGGUGUACCCACUUGCUAGGUCAGAGUUGUUAAUCCAAAGCGCGCCAGAACUUGGCCUGUCAUGCGAGCGUUGUCAUGUUGCCUAUGCGCCAUCGUGAGUACCUAUGGCAGAUAAUGGCACUAGACGGUGUACUGCCAAAAGUCAUCGCCAUGGUCAAGGCCGGUUGCAUUUUCACCACUGCGCGAAUUUUGGUCUAUAACAAUCUUUCCCAACCGUUGGACGUGCGGUCUGGCUGUCAACAAGGUUGUAUCCUGUCGCUCAUUCUGUUAAACCAUGCUGUGCACUGGAUUCUGGGAAGUACCCUGCACGACCGCGUUGAAUUCGCACGCGGGCACCGGCUGACUGAUCCCGACUAUGCCAAUGAUAUCACCUUAUUAGCUUCAAGGUUUGAUGCCCUGCAAUCUGUGGUGUCACGCAUGAACGCGGUCUCUAAGUCGGUCGGCGUAUCCGUAAACGCUGUAAGACCAACGUGUUUCCAAGCUGCAUCCUUGGCUUGGAGAUGGCACCUCUUGGGAUUGGUGGUUGUCAACUACUGCCGAGUGGGCAGGAGAAGAACGACAUUGUCUUCCAAAUUGAUUUUGCCCGACGGGUUUUUUCAAGCCUUAGAAAAUGCCUAUGGCUCUAAUGCGACAUCUCCAUUGCCACUAAGAUUCGCGUGUAUCAUGCGUUCGUCCGGUCUGUCCUUCUCUACUGUUGCGAAUGCUGGGCUGUGCGCGUAGGGAACGAGCGAAAACUGGAGGUAUUUGACCACCAAGGCUUGCGGACUAUCCUUCGAGUGAAGUACACCGACCUCGUCUCAAAUGAGGCAGUCCGAACUCACUGCGACAACAUCACAAGGAUAACUCAGUCCAUCCAAAAAAGACAACUGAGGUGGUUCGGGUAUAUUCUUCGUCGUCCACCUCAGGAGUUCAGUACAGCUGCCCUCUACCCGGCACCGUUACCCCAUUGGAGACGUCGAAGUGGGGGUCAACUCAAAACGUGGCUCGAUACAGUUUGUCAAAACAUGGAGAUGGUUCUUGGACCUUUCGUAUUGGGCUUCCGUCGCUGUAGAAGACAAUAAGUUGGACUAUCCAGAUUUAUUGCCGCGGAUCGUCACGCGUUGAGAAGUGCGGUUCGGGACAUCAUCGAGGCGGGUCCUACGGAUUGUUUGUUCGUGGUUGCGUCCUCUAGUGCUUUGGCUUUUCCAUGAAUAGGUGCGGAUGAGGCCACUUUGUCUGUAUUGCAUCACCUAUGGUGAAGGUUUGUCUCCCUUUCCGAAGCCACGUUUGUCGAUUCUUCGUUAUUCAUCCGUCCCGUCCUAAUGUAAAUUAGAAGACUGGGACUAGUGUAACAUGUUUGUUUCGUCUCGGGUGUGCCAAAUAUGCACGUUUGAACCUCCAACGAAGUAUUGAGAAUGAAAUUUAAGCGCGCGUGAAGGGAGGGAAGACGGUUAGGCAAGACUAGCGCAGCAUGGCGUCAGCUGGCGCAGCGUUUUAAGGGCUGGAUCACCGACAACGCAGGGUUUCUCAUCGUCCGAUAGGAGUUUUGUUGACCGACAACCGGUCUUUGGGUUUGCGUCUUCAGUAACCUAUGUUAGUUCGUUGCACAACAGCCAUUUCCACUUCAUGUGGCCAACGCCUUCGUGGCACUACAUUCUGCGCGUGCUCAGACUCAUUGUCGGUUUUCCACUCAAGCCACGGGCGCGGCCGGUGUUUCAUGAAUCUGAACUGCGUUCGCCGUCCAUCUCGACUUUUCGAAUUAACAGACGAGCAAAACCUAACCUUCUGAGCUGUUGACUGAAAGAAUAUAGCAGUAGGCCCUAAUUUGAGUUGAAACAUGACUGGAGCCAUUUUGGGUGCCAAAACCUGGUGUUGGCGAUAACCAACUUGUUUAAUUUGACAAUGACGAGAAGCUGGUCGUCAUUAUUGCGCAGUUCUCUGUCUCAAACGUACGAAAGCGUUUGCGGAUCGUUAGACCAUAGUACUAUUUUUUACCGUCCAAACUCCCUGGACUGACCUCGAUGCCACAGAGGACAUGAAGGAUAAAUUGGUAAAUAUGGUCGCGAUCACCUUUUUGUCGUAUUUACUUUGCAGAGACAGCGGUGUGCCUUUUUCCGUAGUUAGCCUUUCGUUUCCUGUCCCCAUCCAACACAGCGCGAAUGCAACUCCCGGUGUUCCAAUGGACACUUCUGUAACGGAAUCAGCAAAUUAUUUCCAGACACUGGCUAUUCUUGCUUCGGACCGAAGUAGGUCAGCCCCACAUAGGGUCAGUGCCAGUGUUGUUGCCUGAAUGUAUGAGCGUGUAAUGUCACCUGUAUGCGGCGCCUCACUGACCCGAUUGCAAGCGGUAACGCAUUUAUUUUAUGCCGCCCCGGAGCUCGCCUCUCGGCAAGUGAUCGUCUGCGAGGAUUCCGGGGCUUAGCUGGACGAAUGUGUUCCUCAUUGCAAUUAGAUCAGUAAAAUGCCACUUCCGAAUAGCAGCAAACGAGACGUGAGCCAAUAACUGAACUGGUGGUUUUUUGACGAACUGGAUCCCCAAAUUCAGCCUUCAGGUCUUAUCGCCUUGGGGUGGCGCUGCGAUCAGCUGGUAAUUUGAUAUGCGCCAGAUGACACCCUCCAAGUCUUCAUCCUUUUUGUAAUUGUUCUCUCUACAAGGCCCCCACCGCUAAGGAUUACGUGACUACGUCUUUGAACGUUUGGUUGACAGCACGGAUUCCUCUCCUGUUUAGUAGAUGCCAGUCCGCAUAAUCGUAAUCUGACGAAAUUGUGAACCCUUAGACACGCCUAAAUACUUGUGCCUCGUAUUACCGAAACCCAGAUGACAUGUGGGCCGCCCCGAGUGGUUACAAAUUCCGAAUUUGGAUACUUCACACCUUAAGCUCCGCCUGAUAAUGUCGUAUCCUGUACUCCUUUUGCUACUUUCUCCAUAAAAAUGUACAAACCGAUGUGACACUCAAUGGCAUAACUUUUUGUCCCGUUCUAUUUUUGGUAUGAAAGUCGAGCUAAAUUAUGUUAAACAUGAAUCCUGCUUUACAAAAUCCACCCUCCAGCUCUCCUUCUGAAGUAUUGGUCGGAAUUCGUUGGAGAUGCUGCACCGGAUGAUGUUGGACCUCAUGACGUCCACCUCGUUCAUGUUGGCGGUUACGACUCCCGGGUCAAGGAGAACGUCGAACACUACCGAGAAUUACUUGAUCUGGCUGAUGAUCUUGGGGUUAGUGGCAAAUGCUACUCACGAUCAGCUUUUGCUACCCUCAACUUAAUAUUUUACAAAUUAUCGCUGCCAAAACGUCGUUUGGCCAUUUUCUGUUGUUUACAUGUGGUUAUGUUGAAAAAUCACGAAUUACACACUUCCGAGUUGGAACAACCUACGGACUUAAAUUCGGAAUGAAAGGAUGAUAAUUAUCUCGAACUCCUCUUCGCCUUUUUGGCCGACUGCCGCUGUUGCCAGCCUACUUGACGAUUUCAUUCGAACUUUGUCCUAGCAAUCCAAACGGGCCAAUGUGCGCUUAUUCCUGCGAGCAUAACUAUUCAAUUUGACCGGCUGGCAAGUGUGAAUCCACAGAUUAUACCUUCAUUUAGCGACACGGUUGAAUUUCCUAUUAAGUUCCACCUACGGACCGUCUGCGCGGUGCUAGUGAGCAUAUCUCUGGCGCCGGUCGCGGCUUUUUUUUUACUAACGCCAUGAUUGUCGAAAAAGGAAUUAAUGAGCAUGAAUUACCAACUGUAUCGGCUCCACUUGUCUUUGCAAAUCUACCGGCGAUGUCUUACACUGCCCAUGCCUGACGUGAUUAUAAGACUGGAGACCUGUUAGCUCGAAAAUGGGUUGCCAUUUCACCCACGCGUCUAGCCUCCGUUUGGAAGAUCAAGGGCUUGACAACCUGACGAUAAAAUUGUAAAUAAUUUGAUUACGCUUAUAUAUGCCUGCAAGGAAGUAGCGUUAUUAAUAUCUCUACAUCUUCGUAACCACGCCACCUAACCACCUAAUGCCAUACGAGUCUGAGCUAGAACUCGCCUGAGAAUGAUAACUGCGUGUUGUACUAAUAGCCAUAACAACAAUGUCACAGCGAGAUUCUGUAGCAUAUACUACCUAUUCCCCAUUGUAAAUGAAUCUGAUGAUUAUAGUACAUACAAAACAAGAGUUCACUGAGAUGUGUUUUUGUAUUUCCAGAUCUCGGAGCAAGUCACGCUGCUCCGUUCUUGCACCUCCGAUGUGAAGGCACUGCUGAUCGCGGCCAGUCACGCGCUAAUAUACACACCUCACAACGAGCACUUUGGAAUAGUCCCCCUAGAAGCCAUGUUUUUGUGGCGCCCCGUUAUAGCCCUUAAUUCUGGUGGUCCCAAAGAAACUAUAGUAGCAGGCAAAACUGGCUUCUUAUGUGACUACGAACCGGAGGACAAGACCGUGCGUGACAUUUCAGGAUACAUGGCCAGGUUAGUUAUAUCAAACUAUAUUUGCUACUAUUUUCCGGUGAGUAGGUGAACAUUCUCGCCAGUACAUAUUAGUUGAUGGCGGACGACUGUUUUGAUGCAUGUCUCGUCCAGGAACCUCUUAUAAUAACUUGCAGACGUUCCGACUUUUGUUAGAGGAGACGUCCAAAUAAUUAACAUUCCCGUCGAGCAAGUCGGGAUAAAGUUAAAAUUUUGCCUUCUCGAAUCUGUUUUGUGAUUUUAUCCUGAAAUAGCAGACACUGACCACUGGUUUAACAUGUGUAUCGUCUAACGUGGCAGAACAGGUAUAUUCAAGUGUAGGAGUCGACACACCGAUCUUCCACUUAAAAGAUUAGCUCUUGCUCCUCAUUAUGUUGUUUCCGCACCUGUCCGGGACGAUCAACCCUGCAUGCAUUCUAGGUGGCUCGUCGGCCCCGUAAAUUCGCCAGGACAGUUAAGUUACGUGAUUUACGAUUCAUGACCUGCUUUGUCGCAGAAUUGUUUUUCCUGUACUCGUUGAGGUACUCGCUCGAGUGUCCUGUAAAAGAGUUUCACCGAGAGACUCUAACUUUAACAUCCAGAAAGUUUCCUUCUCUUCCCCCUCGGAUCCUACUUCUGGCUUGUGUUAGUCGUGGGGGCGCAUCGAUGUAAUGCUGCUUGGCGGACUACAAGGAGCCACGAAAUGCAGCACCAAAAUCCCUGAAACGUACCAAAGUACGUUGCCGGCAGGGGUUCUGUGAGGGCAGGUGUUCAUGCAAUGAGCCACGCCCUCUGUCAAGGGCCGAGUCGAUUUCUGUGUAUAGUGUAGUGUAUUUUAGGGUAAUAGGCAAUGCCCUUGACCCUAUUGAGAACGAUACAUACAAUAUAAAUGUUAAGUUCACAUCUUACUAAAACUUUUUCAGUAACAUAUUUGUUUGCGGAAAACGUUUUACAGUGCGUCAUUGCGGGUGCGGCAGGCGGUCUUUUCAAUGAACAGAUGAAAUUUUAAGUGCACUUAUAUGCAAUCAGCAUAAAAUACAGUCAUUUGCGUAGUUUGGGAGGGAGAAUUUCAUUAAACGUCAGGGACGUGUUAUCAAGAAAUCAAGAAAUGAAAUUUAUACUCGGCCGCAGAUAGUCCUGCAGUGGGAAUCGUCUUUUAUCAAAGAUCAAACGAUCCAACUGCUUUUUGAAUACAGCUAUUGUAUCAGAUGUCACUAUUUCACUUGAGAGUGAGUUCCACGGUCGAACAACAUGCUGGCUGAAGGAAAACCUUCGAUGGUCUGGUCGUGUACGCUCCCGCUUGACUUUGUACGGAUGACCGCGCGGGUGACUCAUGGCUGUGAAUGCAAAGAAGUCUUCAGAUUUGGGCGAACACUCAUGCCCGUGGAUAGUGCAGAAUGUCCAUAACAGGCCACACCUCAUUCGUCUAUAGGAUAGGGGGGAUAAGUUUACAACAACAACAACUACUACUACCACUACUACUAUUACUACUACGACUACCACUACUACUACUACCACUACUAUUACUACUACUACCAUUACUACCACCACCACCUCACCCCCCCAUUGGGAGGGCAAGUGGUUCCAGCUAUCGCAGGGUCAAGUUACCGCCAGACCGAUACCCUCGGGGACUAUCCUCGUCCGAAUCGACACUGCUUCUUCUGCUUUUAUUAGUCCAGAUACGAGUACGAACCCAUCGCGAAGAUCUCCGUAUUCCGGUGUCUGUUCGAUUUGUCACCCUACGCCAGUAGAGUUCAGAGCUAUGUUUUGAAAAACGAGCGAAGAUCGAAGGUUUCUCUCUCUAUCGAUGCCCUAUUUGCAUCGUUCGAUUAAAGUGUCUGGACAUCACAUCAAGCGAGACAGUCAACACUCACUACAUCAUGCUACCCCAGACCAAGUAAGGAUGACGACUGAGGUUAAGGGGGCAUUUGUCACUCCUUCGCUGGAAACCAUAAAGGUGGUUUGCUCGAGACUUAGCUCAACGUAAGUUGCCAAAGUGGUUCCCGACCGCUUGGUCCCGGCUGAUAUUGAUCGAGGUCACCAAAUCCUCCUCUACCCUUCACGGAUAGAUGCGCUGUGUGGAACAUCACUGACACCAACCAGAGCAAUCACUGCCGCAGCUGUAUCAAGUAUAAGCAGCUUCCUGCAUCACAACAGCCACACCUAACUUCAGUUCAUGCACUUGUCUUACUUUAAUUGCCUUAUUCCCAAGUUUGCACAGAAGCAGAUGCAAUAUGCACCUGACACUUUCCUUCCUCUUUAGAUUCAUCAAGGAGCCAAAGCUCUCCGAGAGGCUAGGAAUUGCCGCCCACGAGCACGUAGAGAAAAAUUUUUCCAAUGAGGCAUUCAAGUGCCAACUGAAAGACAUUUUUUCAAUGCUCCUGGACGAGUCUAACAAAUCCGACUGA